AUGACCACACACCACACAAAGGACAGCACACACCAGGCACAGGACAGCACACACCAGACACAGGACAGCACAUUCCAAACACAGGACAGCACACACCAGACACAGGACAACACACACCAGACACAGGACAGCACACACCAGACACAGGGCAGCACACAGCAGACACAGGACAACACACAGCAGACACAGGACAACACACACCAGACACAGGACAGCACACACCAGACACAGGACAGCACACACCAGACACAGGACAACACACACCAGACACAGGACAACACACACCGGACACAGGACAACACACACCAGACACAGAACAGCACACACCAGACACAGGACAGUACACACCAGACACAGGACAGCACACACCAGACACAGGACAGCACACACCAGACACAGGACAACACACACCAGACACUGGACAGCACACAGCAGACACAGGACAGCACACAGCAGACACAGAACAGCACACACCAGACACAGGACAACACACACCAGACACAGGACAACACACACCGGACACAGGACAGCACACAGCAGACACAGAACAGCACACACCAGACACAGGACAACACACACCAGACACAGGACAACACACACCAGACACAGGACAACACACACCAGACACAGGACAACACACACCGGACACAGGACAGCACACACCAGACACAGGACAACACACACCAGACACAGAACAGCACACACCAGACACAGGACAGCACACACCAGACACAGGACAACACACACCAGACACAGGACAGCACACACCAGACACAGGACAGCACACACCAGACACAGGACAGCACACACCAGACACAGGACAGCACACUCCAGACACAUUAG